CCGAAAUUAAAAUGAAUUUGUUGGGUGGGUUCGCGCGGCGGGAAACGUUAACAUGGCGGGUGGCAAUGGCAUUUGAUAGCGGCAGAACUUGCAGCGGCGCGGAUGUUUCCGGUUCCGGCGACUUUGAUUUCAGAUGGCACAGAGUUAUGGAAAAGACGAAGGAAAACUAUCAUGUUACUCUUCUGGUGUAUAUGAUUCGUUAAUGCGAAAUUAUACUGUGAAGGGAUCGUGUGUUAUUCAAAUCAGAAGGCUUGGAAUUUUGGAGAUAAGUAGUAUCAUGCUUUCUGAUAUGGAAAUCUCUUUCCUUGAAUUUCAAUGUUGUUAGGGUUCUAUAUAGUGUGUAUUUUAGGAUAUUUUGGAUAGACUGUGUAGUCUUUCGUGUUUAGGGUUCUAUAUAGUGUGUAUUUUAGGAUAUUGUUAUUCCCGUAACCUCUAGUCUUGGCAUGACGUCGUUUAAUUGCAUCUAUGCUGUUGCAUUAUUUAGGUAUGUCUUUUAAGUUGGAGUUUCCUUCUAUACUCCUUAAGGAGUUUUUUUUUUGAGCCAAGAAGCACCCACCUCAGUUGUCGGUGUCAGUUAGGAGUGGAAAUAGGUCAGGAGUUAAGUCUUAUAAGGUCUGAGCCUGUCAUAGUGUAAAUUUUUAAGGCUCUGUAUGAUCUUGUCUGAUCUUGCCUCAUCUGACAUUUUUAAAAGUUUGUGUUGACUUGAAAGUCUAUUUAAAAGUAUCUUUCACAUUAAGGCUUCCAAAGUCACCCAAACCUGAUCCGAAGAUCUUUUAUAUACUUCCUCGGCUUUUUAAAAGUAUCUUUUAUAUACUUCCUUAAUUUUGACAAAAAUGCAAUUAAUACUAUCUUGAACUUUGAAAGUGACAAUUAAAAAGGAAUAAAACAUUAUUAAAAAGUGACAUUUAAAAAGGAACGGAGGGAAUACUAUUUAACCUAUUUUCUAAUAUAUAUAUAUAUAUAUAUAUAUAUAUAUAUAUACUACUCCGGCUUGAUUUAUAAGCAAAAAAGACAAGUUUUACGUUUAUUAAGAAAUAUAGUUAAGUGCAUUUAAGUUUCUUGAUUUCAUGUGAGAGACAAUACAAUUACUAGUAUACCCUCAAUUAAAUUGUUUUCUAUUAACAAUAUUAAGUAAUUAAUGCAGGGAUACUUUUGGAAUAAAUGCAUUAAGUAUACCUAGAUUUGUUGACAUUUGCUUAUAUUAAAGGCCAAAAAAAUUAGAAGACUUUUGCUUAUAAAUAAGACCGGAGGGAAUAUAUAUAUAUAUAUAUAUAUAUAUAUAUAUAUAUAUAUAUAAAAUUUCAUAGGCUUUUUUAAUAGCCUAACCGACAUCAACAACUGAACACGGGUAAUAAUUUAAGAAAGUAAAACUUUUUUUUAAUAUAAUCAUGUUUGCCGUUGGCGAAACACUGGACACACCUUCAAUCUGAUGUGUAAGUGCUAUAGAAUAUAGGUUAUGAGCUAGUUUAGGUGUUAACCAUACUACAACUGAUGUAAGCUGAUUCACACCCCUCUAUAUUAACUAAUCUGCGUUAGUUCUUCGAGUUAGGUUAGUUGUAGAUUAGUUGCUUGAGUUUAUUGCCACACAGUUUUGUUAGGUAGGUAGCUAGUUACCCUCACCCUUUAUUUAAACCAUCAUAUGUUAUGGUAGUAAUUUUUGUUCUCUUGAGUUGAAUCAUGGUUUUGAAGCUUGUCUUUUGACGGUUUCUCUACAGUCCUAUUAAUAUAUUGAGUUUUUAUGUUUUGGGAGGUUAGGGUUGUGUUUGUAAGAGUCAAUAUCAAAGGAAGGUUUCAUGAAUAGAGUUUCUAACAUGGUAGAAAGUGAUGACGAGGAGGAUGGAUCAAGCAGGGUUGCCUUGGAAGGGAAUAUGCUUUAAGCUUUGGUAGUGCAUAGAGUAAUUAAACUUUUUAAUAUUGUAUUGCAGGCAACUCUGUAGUUUAGUGCAUUGCCAGUUCAUAAGUUAGUUAUAUCUGUCUCAUUUUGUUUAAGGAAGUUACAAAUUGCGUGUAAUUGGUGUACCUUAAAAAUACUGAGGUUUGAGUUCUCUUGUUAGUAGAAUAAAAAAAUCACUAUACAUCAAUUUCAAUUGGAGAUUCUCUCUUGUGUGUGUUCUGAAAUCCAACUUUGCAUCACCGAGCUUCUAAAACCAUUUGCAUGGCCUCCGAUCCUCUUUUAACGCCUUCAACGUUGCAACUUCGACCAUAGUUUCCAUCCAAAUCAUUCUCCGGCAUUAGUGCUUAGCUUGACGAACCACCGUUUUCCGAGUUCUCUUCAUACUCAUCAAAUCACUGAAAAGCUCCAUCACGACAAUUAUGGCGUUGGAGUCUCACAUAGGAUGUGAUAUCACCUUACAAGUUAGUUUUGUAGGGUUGAAUUAGGACAAUUCCAAAUUAUAUGAUUUAGUAUGGCCAAUGUUUUAAAAAACCGUCGCGGUCGCGUAAAAGUUUUCGCGAUUUCGGUCGGUACAGGUGUUGCAACAUUGAAUGUGGCUGUCGCGGUGUGAAAUAACCACAAUUUGUUCUUUAACUUAAAAACGGUGAAUAACGGUAUCGGCAUCGACAGAUGCCGAUACCGUUUUGUCGUGGCCGUUUUCGCAGUCGCAGACUGUUUUUCUAAACCUUGGUAUGGCCCAUAUAAGGUGAGCUUGUUUUGCGCGCACAUAAGCUUCAUAGAUUUUAUGCUCCUCCUCAAGUUCCUAGUCAUUUUUUUUUUCACAAAAUCAGAUUGUUUUGUAAGAAUUGAGAAUCCUGGAUAUAUAGUCCGGAAACUUCAAAAUCAAUGGCUUCUCCCAUGUCUUCAAGCCUUGCUCUUGUUAUUUGUCUUACCAAAAGUCACUGAAUGUUGAUACUCCUAGCAACUUCACUUUCCUAGUCUUGACAUCACCCACCAACUAAUAUGUCCUUAUGCAUGUAAUUUGAUGGAAGAGAGGUGAGAGUCCAAGUGUUAUUUUCUUAAGAGAGUAUUAUACUCUUCAGUCAUGGCUAUCACCAAUUUUGGAUCCUUGAGAGUUUGACGAUGAGUGGGUUCUAACUGGGCUAUGCCAGCUCAUCAGUUAGUUACACUUGUCUCUCUGUUCAAGGCAGUUGCAAACUGUAUGUAAUUAUAAUCUUGAAUGAAAAGAAGAAGACAGCUUGGAGGUUCUGAUUGAGAGCAUAUUAAGAAAACAGCCCAUUAAUGUAAAUGUUGUCUAAAGCUUGAAACUCCCGAGUAUUCAAGCUUUUAACACAGGUACUAAUAUUGUCAUGCUUACACAUGAUAAUGAACAUAAAGUGAGAUUGGAUAUUAAUUUUUAAUGCAUUCUAUGAGACUUUGGAUGGGUUGAUAGUUGGUUUAGUCGUCUCCUUGCAAUGUCUAAUCCCAUAAUCUAGUCAAUAUUGAUUCCAUUUAUCUUUUGAGUUGAUUAUACUUUGUACAAAUCAAUUCUUAAUAAGCCAAUUUAUUUCAUUAAUUUGUUUUUGUAAUUCAUAAACAUCAAUGCUUGAAUUUACUAAUCUACUUUUGAUUGUUGAUUAAUCUAAUUCCAUCUAAUUUUCUUAAUUACUUCUUGGCUGAUAUAUUUCCACUCUAUGUUGGGAAUAUAGAGAUGUAGUCAUACUUGGUUCAAGAAAGUAUGGAGUGUGCAUCCAAAAUUGUAGAAAGGGCUGUCGAUGUUGUGUUGGACCUGACUAUUCGGCAUGUGGGUUACAUCUUCUAUUACAAGGAAAAUGUUAAUGAGCUACGCAGUCUUGAUGAAAAGCUAAGUCUUCAAAGAAAGAGGCUGGAACAUGCAGUUGCUGAAACUGAGGAUAAUCUGGGAAUAACUGAAAGUGAUGUUACAGCUUGGCUUCAGAAAGUGGAUAAAACUAGAACUGAAACAGAGGAGUUUCAAAAUGAUGAAGGCCACACGAAGACAAGGUUUUCCAGUGGUUUAUUUCAUUACUUCAGGAACAGGCAUAGACUAGGGAGAAAAGCAAAGAAGAUGUUAGUGGAUGCCAAGUUAUUAAUAGAUGAGUCAAAGUUUGAUGGAGUUUCCUAUCAGCAAAAGCCAACAUCUAUGCAUGCUGCAUCACUUGAUGCUGGCUAUGUAGAAAUUGGUUCCAGAAGACAUACAAUUGAAAAGAUAAUAGAAGAACUCGAAGAUUCUACAGUGAGAAUGAUUGGAGUGCAUGGGCCAGGUGGUGUGGGUAAGAGCACGUUAAUCAAAGAAAUUGUUAAGAAAGCUCAAGACAAGAAGUUAUUCAAUGUGGUCGUUAUAGUAGAAAUAACUGACAAUCCCAACCUUCGAAAAAUCCAGGAAGAAAUUGCAUACGUGUUAGGAUUGAGUUUGGAAGGGGAAGGUGAGAGUGUAAGAGCAGAUCGUCUAAGGAGGAGGUUAAAGACAGAGAAGGAAAACACCCUUGUCGUCAUGGAUGACCUUUGGGACAGGAUAGACUUGAAUAAGAUAGGGAUUCCAUUUGAUGAUGAUGAUAUAGAUGAUGAUUCAAGUAAUAUGACAAUUGAAGAUAUGAAGGGUCCUAAGUUCACAACUGUAAAAAAAGGAAAAUCUCCUGGUGAUUAUAAGGGGUGCAAAAUUUUGCUAACUUCGAGAGAUAGAAAAGUAUUGUCUGAUAAAAUGGACGUCAAGUCAGUUUUCUGUGUGAGAGAAUUAGAUGAUAAGGAAUCUCUAAUGUUGUUUAAGAAGGUGGCUGGAACACUUGAUGAAAUAUCCACAUUUAAGCAAGAGAUUGUUAAGAAGUAUUGUGCAGGGUUACCCAUGGCAAUUGUUACUGUUGGAAGGGCAUUAAGAAAUAAGAGUGAGUCAGUGUGGGAAGCUACACUAGAAAAACUUAAAAAAGAGGAGCUGAGUGGAGUGCAGAAAUCUAUGGAGAUUUCUGUAAGGAUGAGUUACGAUCAUCUAGAAAGCGAGGAAAUGCGGUCCAUUUUCUUACUUUGUGCUCAAAUGGGUCAUCAACAAUUAAUUAUGGACUUGGUGAAGUAUUGCUUUGGUUUGGGUAUACUCGAAGGGGUCUAUACGCUAAGGGAAGCACGUGAUAGAGUAUAUACAUCAAUCCAAAAGCUAAAAGACUCGAGUUUGAUGUUGGAUGGUAGUUCCAAUGAUCAUUUCAAAAUGCAUGAUAUGGUUAAAGAUGCUGCUUUGUCUAUAGCACACAAGGAGCAAAAUGUAUUUGCUUUAAGUAAUAGCAAAUUAGAUGACUGGCCAGACAAGGACCAACUCGAAAGGUGCACCGCUGUCUCUAUACGCAACUGUGAUAUCAUUGACGAGCUUCCUAAAGUCAUGCAUUGUCCUCAACUUAAAUUCUUCCAAAUUGACAGUGAUGAUCCUUCUUUGCAAAUACCUGAGAAUUUUUUUGAAGGAAUGGAAAAACUCAGGGUAUUAAUAUUGACGGGUUUUCAUUUUUCAUGCUUACCAUCUUCAAUUAAAUGCCUAUUAAACCUCAGAAUGCUUUGUUUGGAGCGGUGUGUUCUAGUUGACAACUUAUCCAUUGUAGGAGAGCUGAAAAAGUUAAGAAUUCUCAGCUUUUCUGGAUCUCAAAUUGAAAGCUUGCCAAUUGAGUUAGAACGCUUAGAUAAGCUACAGUUGUUUGACAUGAGCAACUGCUCCUUAAUGAAAGUGGCUCAACCUAAUUUCAUAUCAAGGUUGACUUGUUUAGAAGAGUUGUAUAUAAGAAAGAGCUUGAUCAAAAUGAAGGUAGAUGGAGAGCCAAACCAAAGUCAAAUUUCAUUUCUUUCUCAGUUAAAACAUUUGCACCAAUUGAGAGUUGUAGACUUGAGCAUCCCGAGUACUACAGUUUUGCCCAGGGACUUGUUCUUUGACAGAUUAACAGAUUACAAAAUUGUGAUUGGAGACUUCAAGAUGCUUUCAUCUGGAGAUUUCAGGAUGCCAAAUAAGUAUGAAGCGUUAAGAUCUUUGGCAUUGCAGCUGACAGACGGCGCUGAUAUUCACUCCCAUAAAGGGAUAAAGUUGUUGUUCAAAAGAGUUGAAAAUUUGUUGUUGGGAGAGCUAAAUGGUGUUCAAAAUGCUUUUUAUGAGUUGAAUUUGGAUGGAUUUCCAGAUCUUAAGCAUUUAUCCAUCAUAAAUAAUGAUGGCAUUGAAUAUAUCGUUAACUCAAUGGAGCUAUUCCAUCCUCAGAAUGUUUUUCUCAAUUUGGAAUCUCUAUGCCUCUACAGACUGAAGAACAUAAAGAUGUUGUGUUAUACUCCAGUUACAGACGCCUCAUUCGCCAAAUUAAAAAGCAUCAAGGUCAAGAUGUGUACCCAGUUGAAGUUUCUCUUCUCCUUUUACAUGGUUGGUUUUUUUGCUUGUCUAGAAACAAUUGAUGUUUCUGAAUGUGAUUCUUUGAAGGAGAUUGUUGUCAAGGAAGGGCAAGCAAAUUUUAAUAAGAUUCAGUUUCACAAGCUACGCUCUUUGACACUACAAUCGUUACCAUCAUUUACUAGUUUUUACACCGGUGUUGAGACGCCCUCUGUAGAAGAGCAAACAACAAAAGGGGAUCACAUAGAAAUUACUGUUGCAGAAGAUGAUCGCAGUGUCGUGGAUCCCCUUUGUCUCUUUGGUGAACUGAUUGAAAUUCCAAAUCUGGAGAGUUUGAAAUUAUCCUCAAUCAAAAGCGAAAAGAUAUGGAGAGACCAGCCCCUGUCAAAUUUCUGCUUUCAAAACUUAAUAAAAUUAACUGUGAAAGAAUGCUAUAACUUAAAAUACUUAUGUUCAAUGUCAGUGGCUAGCAAUUUUAAGAAAUUGAAAGGCCUUUUUAUAAGUGAUUGUUGGAUGAUGGAGAAGAUUUUUAUCCGUGAAGGAGACAGUGUGGACAAGGUAUGCAUCUUUCCUAAGUUGGAGGAAAUCCACCUAACCAAACUCAAUAAGUUGACAGACAUAUGGCAAGUUGAAGUUGGUGCCGAUUCCUUUUCUAGUCUCAUUUCUGUGCAAAUUGAAGGGUGUAAACAACUUAACAAGGUUUUUCCAAGUCACAUGACAGGAUGGUUUGGGAGUUUAGACAGCUUGAAGGUUAUUGAUUGCAUGUCGGUGGAAGUGAUUUUUGAAAUCAAAGAUUUUCAACCAGAUGCAUCUAUGAAGGUCACAAACCUGCAGCUUAUUUUGGUAGACCAACUCCCAAAUCUAAAGCAAGUAUGGGAUAGAGAUCCAGAAGGAAUUCUUUGCUUCAAAAAUCUGCGGGUUAUAGAGGCUACACGCUGUAAUAAACUGAGCUAUCUCUUACCAGCUUCUGUGGCCAAAGAUCUAAAAAGGCUUGCAGGCAUUUUAGUAAAUCUUUGUGAUGGAAUGGAGGAAAUUGUUGCUUGGCAUGAUGGACCACAAGCACGAUUAAUGUUUCCUGAAGUAACCUUCAUGAAACUGUACGGCCUGCCAAAUGUGAAGCGUUUCUAUAAGGGGGGACAUAUAGAAUGUCCAAAACUGAAGCAGUUGGCUGUGGACUUUUGUGAGAAGCUGGACGUGUUCACAACAGAAACCACAAAUGAAGAAAGACAAGCAGUUUUCUUAGCCGAAAAGGUAAUCUCCAACUUGGAGUUCAUGGAAACUGGCUUAAAGGAAUCACUUUGGUUAAAGAGCAACAAUUGGAAGUACCGAAUGGACAGUAUAAAAGAGCUUAGCUUACGCUCAUUACGGAGUAUUGAACUUCUCUACUGGUUUCUGGACAGAAUGCCCAAUCUAGAAAGGUUUAACUUGCUCUUCUCUCACUAUAAGCUUGAAGGGUUAGUGCCAAGUGGAAACAUUGUAUCACAAGAAAGACUGGGAACUGUAUUACAGCUCAAGACAUUGACUUUGUGGUCAUCGGAGAUAAAGGAUCUAGGACUUGACCGAGACCCACUUCUACAACGACUGGAGCAUUUGCUCUUAGGUGCUUGCGACAGUUUGGUCAAUAUAGCCCCUUCCUCGCUAUCUCUGUCCCACUUAACAUAUUUGGAAGUAAACUCUUGUACUGGUUUAAUGAAUUUAAUGGCAGUCUCAACAGCUAAAAGUAUGGUUCAACUUGCAACAAUGAAGGUAAUCCAUUGUAAAGUAAAAGAAAUAGUAACCAAUGAAGGAAAUGAAGAAGACAGAGUGAUUGAAGUUGUAUUUAAAAAAUUGGUUUAUUUAGAGCUGGUGAGAUUAAAGGACCUUACAAGUUUCUGCAGAUACAAGAACUGUGAAUUUAAGUUCCCAUCAUUGGAAAGAUUGAUUGUGAGAGAAUGCCCCAAGAUGCAAACAUUCACUGAGGGUCAGACAACAGCAGCAAAGCUACAAAAUAUACUUGCCAUUGAAGGAGAAGAAGAAGAGAAACGGUAUUGGGAAGGUGACUUGAAUAUCACUAUACAGAAGAUUUUCAAAGACAAGAUUUCUUUCGAAUACGCAGAGAAGAUGGACCUUAUUGAUUACCCUGAAUUAUUAGAACAAGUAUGGCAUUGCAGUGAUUUGGUGCAAGACUACAUGUUUCGCAAUUUGACAUCCUUGGUGGUAUCACAAUGUAAUAAUCUAGUACAUGUAAUUCCAUCUCAUUUACUUCCUUGCUUUGAGAAUUUGGAAGAGUUAAAAGUAUGGGAUUGCAGUGCAGUGAAUGUCAUAUUUAAUUUAAAUGACACAAGGGUCACAAAAGCUUUGAGAAAAUUUCGCUUGAAAAAGUUGUCAUUAGAUGGUCUACCAAUCCUGGAGCAUGUAUGGGACAAAGACCCUGAAGGAAAUUUUGGCCUUCACCUGCUACAAGAAAUGCGUGUUGACAGAUGUUAUACCCUCAAAUACUUGUUUCCUGCAUCGGUGGCUAAAGAUCUUACUAGACUUGAGGUGCUUAUUGUAAAUUACUGUAAAGAGUUGGUAAAAAUAUUUUGGAAGGAUGAAAUACCUGCAGAAGGAGCAACAAUGGAGUUUCCUCGUCUGACCACAUUACACCUAACAGAUUUGCCAGGGCUCAAAGACUUUUAUCCUGGUUUACAUAAGCUAGAAUUGCCUGUGCUAAAAGAUUUGAGUAUUUAUCAUUGUAAAUUGCCGGUCCUCAAAUGUCAAGAAGAUCAUCCCGAGGAGCAACCCCUUGUUCCAAUUGAAAAGAUUCCCAAUAUGGAGAUGUUAUCAUUUGGUAUUGGAGGCACCAUUGUUAUGUGGGAUCGGGGGUCUUGGAAAUUGCAACUUCAUUGUCUGCAACGCUUUCAAGAAGAGUCAGAUAGUGUUCUAUAUGGGUUCCUUGGCAUGUUACCUGCUAUAGGAAAGCUUGAAUUGUACCAGGGUUCACUCAAAGAGAUGUUCUGCGCUGAAAGACCUAAUGCUGAUUACACAAGAAUUCUCUUAAACCUAAAAGAAAUAAUGUUGUUUAAUAUGUGUAAUCUUAACUCCAUUGGUUUAGAGCACUCUUGGCUACAUCCCAUUCCUGAAAAUCUCCAAACAUUAAAAGUAACUUCGUGUGAUCGUUUAGUAAACUUGGUACCACACAUGGUAUCUUUGUCCAACCUUACAUAUUUGGAUGUAUACAUGUGUAAAGGAAUGCUAUAUCUGUUCACAUCCUCAACAGCCAAAAGUUUGUGUCAACUCAAAGAGAUGAAGAUAGCAUUGUGUGAAUCAAUGCAAGAGAUAGUGUCCACAGAGGGGGUUGAGUCACAUGCAGAUGGGAAAAUAAUAUUUGAGCACCUCCACACUUUGCUUCUAAAAGAUUUAGACAAGUUAAGGUGCUUUUACUCUGGAAAAUUUGCAUUAUGCUUUCCAUCCCUGGAGAAAGUGUCAUUGAUUCGCUGCAGCUUGAUGAAAACUUUCAGUCCAAUCAACAAAGUAGAUACAGCCAUAUUGUCUUCUGGAGUAACAUUCAGAAGAGAAGAAACACAACAAUGGGAAGGUGAUCUGAAUUCUACAAUACUCAAGAGGUUUGAGGAAAAGAUUUCCGACUAUGCACCAAAAGGAACUGUUGUGAAUCUCUAUGAUCAGCCAAUACUACAGGAUAUAUGGCAUGGUUCACUGCCAGUCCCUCAUACGUGCUUCAACAAUUUGGAGGAAUUGAUUGUGGCCGGGUGUCAAUUUUUAUCCGAAGUACUACCAUUCAAUUUACUUCCUUUCUUAACAAAAAUGGAAAAGUUGGCAGUUCGAAAUUGCAGUUUUGUGAAAACCAUAUUUGAUGUGAAAUGUACAACAGAAGACAGAAAAAUGACAAUGAAUGGACCAGCCCUGGUCCCCCUCCCUUUUUCCCUGAAGAUAUUGACUUUAGAGCAGUUGCCAAAUCUGGAGAGUGUUUGGAAUGAAGAUCCUUGUGGAAUUCUAACAAUAGAACUUCUAAAAAUAGUAUAUGUUGACGAGUGUAAAAGCCUUGCAAGUUUGUUUCCAGCCUCAGUAGCCAAAGAUCUUGUGAAACUUGAAGAACUACAUGUGAAACAUUGUGAAGAGCUGAUUAUUAUUGUUGCAGAGAAUAAUGCAGACCCCAAAGGAACAAAUUUGGAGCUUUCAUUCCCUUGUAUGAUCUCAUUGACAUUACUAGAAUUGCCAAGGAUCAAGUGUUUUUACUGCUCACUGCAUUUUGACAUGUUGAAGAUACCAACUUAUCAAGAGUCACGUUCUGAAGAUGAAGUAAUCAGUAUUGAAAAGCUUACACCCAACCUGCAGUGUUUGUCACUGGGUGAGAAAGAAUUGAAGACUAUUUCGCGAAGAAACCGCUUGCACAAAUUAAAAGUUCUUCAGUUGGCCUGCUUUAAUGUUGAAUCAGGUGUAUUUCCAUAUACAUUCUUACAACAGGUGCCCAAUAUAGAGAAGCUUGCGGUGUCGUUGAGUUCCCUCAAGGAGAUUUUCUGCUUUCAAGGACCUGAUGUGGUCUAUACAGAAUUCCUAUCCCAUCUGAAAGUAUUAACAUUGGAGUUACUUACAGAGCUUGUUUCCAUUGGGUUAGAGCACUCUUGGGUUGAACCCUUAAUCAAGAAUCUAGAAACAUUGGAAAUAGCUAGAUGCUUUCGUUUAAGGAACAUAGCAGCAUCCACUAUAUGCUUCUCCAAUCUGAUGCGUUUAUAUGUGUCUGACUGCCGUGGAUUGGUAAAUUUGUUCACACCCUCAACAGCCAAAAGUUUGGUUCGACUCAAAACGAUGGAGAUAAUUUGUUGUGAAUCAAUACAAGAGAUAGUGUCUCAUGAGGGUGAUGCAUCAGAUAAAGAUGAAAAAAUAGUAUUUAAGGAGCUCCAGGCUUUGUAUCUUAAAGAUUUACAAGAACUCAAAUGCUUUUAUUCUGGGAAUUUUACGGUGUGUUUUCCAUCCUUGGAGCAAGUGUUUGUAAUCAACUGCCACAAGAUGGAAACUUUCUGUCCAGGUACCGUUAAUGCAGACAAGUUGUCAGGAGUUAAGUUUCAGGAUAUGUCUGAUGCUGUCCUAUUGGACAUUGAUCUCAACUCUACUAUACAGAAGGAGUUUCUAACACAGGUGAAGCCCAGCUCAGAUGUUGUAGUAAAAGAACAGGAAAAUGAGGUUGAUGGUAAAGACAGUUUAUGAAGAGGAAGGAAGUUGUCUAGUGGUCAUACUAUUUUACUUUAUUAAUAUAUUUGGAUAUAUUCCAGUGUUUCUGUUUUGUGUUUAAGAAAAAUAAGUAUGCUUCUGUAGUGUAAGUUGCAAUUUUUUGAUUGCUCAUAUAUUAAUGUAACAAUGUGUGUGAUUAUGUGAGUUAUUGGCAUACAUGAAGAACAAAGGAGAACUAUAUCAGGGAUGGUAUUGUUUUAUAUAUGUACUGUUAAACAUAUGAAAUAUCUGUUUUGUUUGUUUA